AUGGCUUGGACGCCGGCGGUCUCCCUGUGCUGCCGCCUCGUCCGCGCGCCCCCCGUCCGUCGCCGCGCUCGGCGCCGGACCUUGUGCUCCGCCGCGCGGAGCACCGACGCGGUGGACAGGGAGUACGCGGACCUCAAUCUCCGCCCCCUCUACCCCAAUCGGGGCCAUCACCUUCGCAUCCGGCAGCACGUGAAUCCGCUCAGCGCCUUGUUCGUCGAGCCCACGGAGCCGCCUGAAUGGACGGAGGUGUUCGAGGAUCCCCGGCUGCCCCUCAUGGUCGACAUCGGCUGCGGGAGUGGGAGAUUCUUGGUUUGGUUAGCGAAGAACUCCGGUGAAAGGCGGAAUUACCUCGGAAUGGAAAUCCGGCAGAAGCUGGUCGAGCGGACACAGUUCUGGGUGACAGAAUUGGGGCUUAGAAAUGUUUACUUUAUGUUUGCAAAUGCAACGGUGUCUUUCGAGCAAAUUGUGUCAUCAUACCCUGGUCCCCUAUCACUUGUUUCAAUACUGUGUCCUGAUCCUCACUUUAAGAAAAGGCAUCACAAGAGAAGAGUUUUACAGACACCAUUGGUGGAUUCAAUCACAAAGAACCUUUGUCUGGGUGGGCGGGUGUUUGUACAAUCAGAUGUGCUUGAUGUAGCUACAGACAUGAGAGAAAGGUUUGAUGGAUACUCGGAUGUGUUUGAGCAUGCUGAUCGUAUUGAUAAAGAUCUUCAGUGUGACAAAGAAGGUUGGCUUCUGGACAACCCUAUGGGAAUACGGACGGAGAGGGAAAUCCAUGCUGAGCUCGAAGGAGCGACCAUAUACAGGAGGAUGUACCAAAAGACAAGAUGUUUCUCACCAGAUUACUCCAUCAGUUAA